CUCAAACUAGUUUCACUUUUCAGGAAUUGAGACUCAGUCGGGCAUUGGCACUCAGAGGAGAAAUGGCGCAGAAAGGAGUUCAGCUGAACCGAGAGACCUUUUCUUGUUCCAUCUGUUUGGAUCUACUGAAGGAUCCGGUUGCUAUUCCCUGCGGACACAGCUACUGCAUGAGCUGUAUUAAAGGCUUCUGGGAUGAAGAAGACAAGAAGCAAAUCUACAGCUGCCCUCAGUGUAAGCAGACCUUCACCCCGAGGCCUGCCCUGCUGAAAAACACCAUGUUAGCAGCUGUAGUGGAGGAGCUGAAGAAGACUGAACCUGCUCCUGCUGAUCUCUGCUACGCUGGAGCUGGAGAUGUGGCCUGUGAUUUCUGCACCGGGAGAAAACUGAAAGCCCUAAAGUCCUGCGUGCAGUGUCUGAUUUCUCUCUGUGAGAAACACCUCCAGCCUCAUCACGAAGUGGCUCCGUUAAAGAAACACACGCUGGUGGAGCCCUCCAAGACGCUGCAGGAGAACGUCUGCUCCCGUCACGAUGAGGUGAUGAAGAUGUUCUGCCGCACCGAUCAGCGGUGCAUCUGUUAUCUCUGCUCCGUGGACGAACACAAAGGUCACGACACGGUGUCAGCUGCAGCAGAGAGGAGCGAGAGGCAGAGAGAGCUCGAGGGGAGUCGACAAAAAAUCCAGCAGAGGAUCCAGGACAGAAAGAAAGACCUGAAGCUGCUCCAGCAGGAGGUGGAGGACAUCAACGGCUCCGCUGAUAAAGCAGUGGAGCACAGCGAGGAGAUCUUCACCGAGCUGAUCCGUCUCGUGAAGCAGCAGCUCAGAUCGCAGCAGCAAACUGAAGUGAGUCGACUCAGAAAGCUUCAGGAGGAGCUGCAGCAGGAGAUCGCGGAGCUGAAGAGGAGAGACGCCGAGCUGAAGAAACUGUCACACACAGACGAUCACAACCAGUUUCUGCAAAACUUCCCCGCACUGUCCCAACUCGGUGAACCCACACACUCUUCCAGCGUCAACACUCAUCCUCUGCGCUGCUUUGAAGACGUGACAGCGGCCGUGUCAGAGGUCAGAGAUAAACUGCAGGACGUCCUCAGGGAGACAAACGUCUCUCUGAUGGGGACUGAGGUGGAUGUUUUGCUGUCAGAUUCAAAACCAGAGCCCAAGACCAGAGCUGAGUUCUUAAAAUAUUCACGUCAAAUCACUCUGGAUCCGAACACAGCACACACGCAGCUGGUUUUAUCUGAGGGGAACAGAAAGGUAACACGCACGGAUCACCAGCUGUACUCUGAUCAUCCAGACAGGUUCACUGACUGGGCGCAGGUCCUGAGCCGAGAGAGUCUGACUGGACGUUGUUACUGGGAGGUGGAGGGGGUACGAGGAAAUGUUGAUGUAGCAGUCACAUACAAGAACAUCAGCAGAGUAGGGAGGUCGGAUGAAUGUAGAUUUGGUUCCAAUGACAAAUCUUGGUUGUUAGGUUAUAACGGUUACUACUGCUACAACAGUGUCCAAACUUAUGCCUCAAGUAAUUGGCGCUCCAGAAUUGGAGUGUACCUGGAUCACAGUGCAGGUAUUCUGUCCUUCUAUGGCGUCACUGAAACCAUGAAUCUCCUCUACACAGUCCAGACCACAUUCACUCAGCCCCUAUAUGCUGGACUUUGUCUUUAUCAAUCCACUGCUGAGUUUUGUAAACUCAAAUAGUCAGAAGUCAUUUAAGAGUUAAAAGUAUUUUAACUCUUAUAGGGAUAGUUUGGAUUUUUUGAAGUGGACUACUUAAACAGAGUCAGUGUAUUAUGUGCAGUAGAUGUCAGUCAGCGGGCCCCCAGUUUGGAGAAUCAGGCUGGAGUCUGGAGUUUCCAUUACCCCUCAAAUUUAGCAAAUUGAAAUUGUGAAUAAAAAACAUGCCUAAUGAAAAGACAUCAACUUUGAAAAAACUCCCAUCGUAAAAAAGUUUUUAUGCUCGCAUGAGGUGGUAUUUCAGUCGAUU